GAGGUACCCGCCCACUAUAACGCCUGAUGCCGUGGCUGCCGUGAGCCGUUCGCGCUGUGUGCCGUCCGGCCCCAGAGCACAGGUCAGUCAGGACUGGACUGCGAGCGAUGUCGGCGGAGGAGCACAGGCCGCUGCUGGCGGGGGCCUCGGUGAUCGGCAGCGAGGGAGAGCACUACUUCAGCAAUGUGAGGAAUAGAAAUCUUUACUUGGCUACGUUUGCUGCUGUUUUGGGACCUCUUAGUUUUGGAUUCGUCCUUGGUUACAGUUCACCAGCCAUUCCAGAUCUUCAAAAGAGUCCCAAUCCAAACAUCAAGCUCGAUUCCACACAGGCAUCCUGGUUUGCUUCAUUGAUUACUUUAGGUGCUGCCCUGGGUGGCAUUGUUGGAGGAUGGAUGAUUGAUAAAAUCGGACGAAAGCUGAGCCUAAUGAUGUCCGCCGUGCCAUUUGUCUUUGGCUUCACCAUGAUAAUCGCAGCACAGAAUGUUGGCAUGCUUUAUGGUGGCCGAGUGUUGACUGGAUUGGCCAGUGGAUUGACAUCACUUGUCGUGCCUGUGUACAUAUCUGAAAUGGCCCACCCGAGAGUGCGAGGGACACUGGGCUCCUGUGUUCAACUGAUGGUGGUUGUUGGGAUUCUGGGUGCUUAUGCUGCUGGAAUGGGCUUGGCUUGGCGUUGGCUUGCAGUCUUGUCUUCCAUUCCACCAACGGCCAUGCUGUUGCUAAUGUGCUUCAUGCCGGAAACGCCCAGAUACCUGCUGAGUAAGAACAAGCGCUCGGAGGCUCUCCACGCCUUGGAGUGGCUGCGGGGACCCGACGUCAAUCACGAAUGGGAAUGCGAGCAGAUCGAAGCGAGUUGUGAUCAACAGGAUGCUAGUCUUUCUCUUGCGGAGCUGAAAAAUCCAGAAAUUUACAAGCCUUUUGGUGUGGGAAUAUUUAUGAUGCUUUUUCAGCAGCUGAGUGGAAUUAAUGCAGUAAUGUUUUAUGCAGAAUCUAUCUUUGAGCAAGCAAACUUUAAGAACAGUAGCGAGGGUUCGGUGAUCGUCGGUCUGGUUCAAGUGUUUUUCACAGCUGUGGCCGCACUGGUCAUGGAUAAAGCGGGGAGAAAAGCACUUCUGGUGAUAUCAGGAUUGACGAUGACUGUAAGCACAACACUUUUCGGGGUUUAUUUCAAAGUCUGGCACACUCACGUCAACAACUUUGUUCCCAAUGGAACUGACCUGCUGGCUGUGCAGAAUGCUGUUGAGGCAACACACAGUCCUACCUGGCUGCCCCUUGUCUGUCUGAUUCUCUUCAUAGCAGGGUUUGCCAUUGGCUUUGGUCCUGUUCCGUGGCUGAUCAUGUCAGAAAUCUUCCCGGUCAGGGCUAGAGGCCCGGCAAGCGGGGUGUGUGUUGUCGUCAACUGGAUGGGUGCAUUUCUGGUCACUAAAGAGUUCCAGAAUCUUCUCGAUAACAUUACUCCGUACGGGACCUUCUGGCUCUUUGGCAGCUUCUGCUUUCUGAGCAUCUUCUUCACAAUUUUCUUCGUUCCUGAGACAAAAGGGAAAUCGUUGGAACAGAUCGAGAACCAUUUUAAAGGCAUUCCACGGGCUUGAGUUACUGAACUACGUGUCAUUGCUGUGUCGUAUCUGUGCCUAAUGUGCAGAUUUUAUUUUAAGAUUGUUAUUAACCCUGGCCAGUACUCUCCUGGUCUACAACCGCACAUUGGUUCCAUGUUACUGACGGAACCAAAAUCCUUGGACCAGAAGAAGCAGCUGGUCAGACCUGUGUCUGUCGUCUUCCCCCUCCUUACACAUGGAAGUUUAAGACUGAGCCGCGUGAUAGCAGUCCUGCACUGAAUAACCACUGUUAAUGUUUAAUGUCUUUUUUUCUCAUUUUAAUCAUGUUUCCCAGUUUUUAAAGUUACUCCUAAUCAAGUGUUGACAUUGGUUGCCUGUUGAUAAGCAUCCUGAUUUUAAGAUGGUUCCUGUGAUCAGAUUGCUCUUGCCUUCCCUGCUCUCUCGGUGACCACCGUGUCAGACUGAAUCCCACGCCUGGUUCUGGAGGGUUGAUGCCAGGGAUUGAGUUAGUGGCUUCUUCCGUGCACUGGGAAGCAGUGGGAGUUCAGAAAGCUAAGGCAGCUCUCGAUCGUUGCAAUUAAUGCAACAAAUCCAGGUUACAAGUGCAGCACGUUAGACCCCAGUGAAAGGGAAUUAAAACUUACUGCUUCAGCCUGAUCACGUGGACACUGUUAAACACUGGUUAAAAGCCCACUGACCUGUAAACUACUAGAUUUUUAUAGGGCUAUUUUAAGAUGGAAGACUGAGCAGACUAUUAAUACACAAGUCUGUCGUCUUCAAGAGGAUUUUGUUGUCAUAUUUAAUGUAAAUUGUGUUCCACGCUGUUAACUAUUUUUAAAUCUUAAGUUUUAAUAAGGUAUAAGCUAGAAUGUCAACAAGGAUUAAUUGUACUUUCAAUGAGCUACCUCACUGAACACAUUGUUCAUAAAAGGCAUAAAAAGUUACAAUUGCAGAUGACUGUUGUUUGAAAUGUGGAGCAUGUUUUUUCUUUUUAAAAAAAACACUGAUUUGUGAGAAUAAAACUAAUUUGUUUAAUGUUC